GCCACCUGCUGUGAACUGUUUUCAGCCCUUCAGUUUCGUGGCUCCCGGAGGCAGCUGCUUUGGCAGCCUCAGCCUGGCUGGUCCACACCAUGGCUACCUGUUGGCAGGGCCUUUGGGCUUAUCGUUUCUACCUGAUCGUGCUAUGUCUGCCCAUUUUCCUAUUGCCUCUGCCAAUCAUUGUGCGAACUAAGGAAGCCUAUUGCGCUUACUCCAUCAUCCUGAUGGCUCUGCUGUGGUGUACCGAGGCCCUGCCCCUGGCUGUCACCGCCCUGUUCCCCAUCAUCCUCUUCCCCUUGAUGGGUAUCAUGGAGGCUUCUGAGGUCUGCAUAGAGUACUUCAAGGACACCAACAUACUGUUUGUCGGGGGGCUGAUGGUGGCCAUUGCCGUGGAACACUGGAACCUACACAAACGCAUCGCCCUCCGAGUACUCCUUAUCAUCGGAGUGCGACCUGCUCUGCUGCUUCUGGGCUUCAUGUUGGUCACAGCCUUCCUCUCCAUGUGGAUUAGCAACACAGCCACCACAGCCAUGAUGUUGCCCAUUGGGCAUGCGGUCCUGGAGCAGCUGCAGGGCUCACAGAAGGACGUCGAAGAAGGCCGUGAAAACCCCACCUUUGAGCUCCAGGAAACAAGCUCCCAGAAGGAGGUGACCAAGCUUGAUAAUGGACAGGCUGUGUCUGCUUCUUCAGAGCAAAGAGCACAGAAGAGCCAGGAGAAGCGCCGCUUUAGCCAGGGCCUGAGCCUCUGCAUCUGCUAUUCGGCCAGCAUCGGGGGCAUUGCCACCCUGACGGGCACCACACCCAACCUGGUGCUCCAAGGCCAGGUCAACUCGAUCUUCCCCGAAAAUGGCAACGUGGUGAACUUUGCUUCCUGGUUUGGUUUUGCCUUCCCCACCAUGAUCAUCUUGCUGCUGCUGGCUUGGCUAUGGUUACAGGUCCUCUUCCUGGGUUUCAACUUCCGGAAGAACUUUGGCUUUGGGCAAGGGGAAGAGGAACAGAAACAGGCUGCCUUCCAGGUCAUCAAGACCCAGCACAAGCUGCUGGGCCCCAUGAGCUUUGCCGAGAAGACAGUCACUGUACUCUUUGUUCUGUUGGUGGUGCUCUGGUUCACCAGAGAGCCGGGCUUUUUCCCGGGUUGGGGAGACACGGCUUUCGCCAACGAAAAAGGGCAAAGCAUGGCAUCCGAUGGAACCGUGGCCAUCUUCAUCAGCCUGGUUAUGUUCAUCAUGCCCUCUGAGAUUCCAGGACUGACCCAGGACCCAAAAAAACCAGGGAAGCUGAAGGCUCCUCCUGCCAUCCUCACCUGGAAGACAGUGAACGAUAAGAUGCCCUGGAAUAUCCUGAUCUUGCUGGGUGGGGGCUUUGCCCUGGCCAAAGGCAGUGAGAGAUCAGGUCUGUCUGAGUGGCUCGGAGACAAGCUGACCCCGCUGCAGCACGUGCCACCAGCAGCCACCGUGGUCAUCCUCUGUCUGUUGGUCGCCAUCUUCACCGAAUGCACCAGUAACGUGGCCACCACGACGCUCUUCCUGCCCAUCCUGGCCUCCAUGGCCCAGGCCAUCUGCCUUCACCCUCUCUACGCCAUGCUCCCCUGCACCCUGGCCGCCUCCCUGGCUUUCAUGCUCCCGGUGGCUACACCACCCAACGCCAUUGUCUUCUCCUUUGGAGGUCUCAAAGUGUCUGAUAUGGCCCGUGCCGGAUUCCUGCUUAACAUCAUCGGGGUGCUGGUUAUCACCUUAUCCAUCAACAGCUGGAGCGUCCCCAUCUUCAGCCUGAACACAUUCCCUCCCUGGGCCCGCUCCAACACAAGCCAGUGCCUUCUCAGCCCGCCCAAUUCCACCGUACCAGCCCCAUAGACCAGGCUACAACCUAGUUCUGCGGGGGAAAGCCCACGGGUGCCACUCCUCAGGGCCAGGAGAGGGCGCCCCAGACGCCAAGCCCCGGGCCAGAGGCGCAGUCUGUCGGCGCAUGUGCAAUCGUGUAUCCGUGUGUCUGCAUAGGUCCUGUGUGUGUUACCUCUCCUGGGUGCCGAUGAGUGUCCGUGUGCUGUGCGGGGACGCGCGCGUGUAUGGCGUGGCCUGAGGGCGCCUCAGUGGUUGUGUGCGUGGUGACGGCGCCCGCCCUCUGUCUCCCAGCUAGGCCUCCGGACUUCUUUGCACUGUAUUUAUUGAAACUCCGGGCUGGAGGCGCCUGGGAGCGGGAACUCCAAGGUUCAUUAAAGGCUUUUUCAGUAGA